AUAUUUUCAAAAUGUUUGUCCCGAUCAUUUGAUACCCAUAGUGCAGUAACAAGCUGUACGAACGUCUCCCAUAUUACCAAAAUCUCAUAAGCUCUGCGCUUCAGUUAAGCACUGGGUCGCGCUUAACCGAGACAGCGGAACGAAUCAUAACCGCGGCGUGCAAAACCGGGGCCUGACUGUAUUUAUUCUUAUCUCUCCAUUCCCCAGCGUAAAGUUCCGCCUGGACGAGAUGGGUGACAUCAUCUGGUACAACGACCUGGUCCACACCACCAACAGCAAUGCUCACCCGGGAAGCGCUGACUACGACGGCCAUCGGAUGGCCACCGGCUUCGAGUCGUCCAGCUUUUGCCCGUUCAACGACUCCGCCAUGGUGCUGUUCAGCUGCGAGACGUUCGAGGUGGUCGAGCUGAGCUCGGCUGGGCCGGGGUUGAUCUUCGGGGCGUACACCGGGCAUAGCAUUGAGUUCCGCACGAACUCGUACAAUCCGGCCGACCGGAUGACGUUGAAGUGUGAUGGGUGGUGCCGGUUGGCUUGUAAGCGGGUCAAGGAGGACCAAUCGGUGGGGCAAGAGAUCCCGUUUACGCUGCUCUCGGUGCUGGAUGAUGGGAACUUUUGUGAUGUGACUCUGAAGAGUUGUGAUAACGUGAUUUACAACGUCCACUCGCCGAUAUUGCGGUUGAAUGGGUUCGAUUGUAGCAGUAUGGCGGCCACAACCACAUAUCAACACCUAGCGAAUCGAUUCGAGGCCGCCGCAGCUGCCACUGCGGAGCGGAACAACCAUCCGCCGCUGAUGAAGGUCAGCUCGGUGCCGUGUGCCAAGUCUCCGAAGCCGGUGGUGGCGCUGGUCAGCGGUUGUCAACAUAUCAGCCAACGGGCAAGCCCAACCACGACGACGACCCCGAACUUCCUGCUACCGCCGACACUGGACGUGUACAACCUCUCUCCCAAGCUGGUCUCCAACUCGUUCAACUGCCUCGCGGCCAACUCCGACACGAUCUUCCUGGACGUACCCCGCAAGCAUCACGUAUCCUCCUCGGACUCGAACCUCAACUCCGACCGCAACAUCUUCUUCUUCCCCGCCCCGAGCAUGAUCACCCCCGCAACCUUCGAAAGCCCGUUCCAACGAACCAAGUUCAAGCCCCCUUCUUCCCCGUUCCGCGCCCGCAGCCCGUCGCCCUUCCCCUGUUCGCUGGACACCCCACCGUCCUCACCCCUAACACCCCUUUCGGUGCUGAACAACAUCCCGUCGAAGAUGCUGUCCACGAUCCUGCACUGGCUGUACUGUGAAUGUCUUCCCGAAAGCCUCGACGAGGAAACGUGCUCGAGCUUGAUCGCGAUGUGCGAGAGUACGACGCCGCUGAGCCGGAUGACGCCACCGUGCAAGAACUUCCUGCGCAACAUUCAGCUCAAGAAGUUUGUCAUCGAUAUCAUUACGGAUUUGCACGACAGUCUGAACAACAUGAUCCAGAUGGUCAACCCGAACACCAUCUCGCACAGUCCGUGCGUGCUGUGCCAGAUCUUCAAGGAGGGAUUCAAGGAAUCGCUGAUAGCGAUGGUCAAGCUGCUCCAGUUCUGCAACAUCUUCACCAAGGACGCGACCACGUUCACGCGCCACCAGCGCCACGAGAUCAUCAAGUACGUCCGCUCGCGGAUGCCCGUCUUCCUGUCCCAGAUGCACCAGCUGCUGCAGAACGUCAACGUCGUGCUGUGCAGCCUGACCACGGACGAGCGGAACGACCUGGUAUCGUACCUGGUGCCGGAGAUUACGUACGCGCUGGAAGUGCUGACGGCGUCCAUCUCCGAGAUCAAGAACUCGCUGGAGAAGGUUUGCAAGGACCUCAAAUCAACGCACGGUCAAGAAGGUCGAGGAUCCGGCGGUGGUGCCACCGUGGGGAUCGGUUCCCGCGAGAGUAGGAUGGCGGCUCGCGGUCGGACGAGAAGUUCCUCCGGGUACGGGAAUGCCAGCCCGUCGAGCCCGUCGGCAACGGGGGGUUCGUCCGCGGGUGGUGGUGAGUCGAACCGGUUCAACCAGCAAAACUCCGAAAGCGACCUCAAGUUCUUCCUGUACAUGUACGAGGUGAAGAAGAUGCGCGACAUCUACGGGAGGGUGUCGAGCGCGCUCGAAGUGAUACUCCACAAGAGGGCAACCUUCAACGAGAUGAACCAUAUGCAUCAACACCAAACUGUUCGGAGGAAUCUGGAGCAGCUGACACUGGAGGUUCCUCUGUUUAUCGCUCGUCUUGAGGAACUGUGUGAUACGAUUGAUGAGAAGAUUGGCUGGAAGGAGUUCAAGUUCUGCUUCAAGUUUUUGACUAGUCAGGUGAAUGGAAUAAUCUCGAAGCUGUUGGAGCAUAAAGCUGCCUUAAACGAUGCAAUGUUGUAUGUGUCCAACCUGAUCCAGAAGGAGCAGUUCACUCGUGCUAUGCUGGAGCUGGGCCUGCUGGAGAACCGCAGCGUAGACAGCAGCGGGUACGGAGAUCCACGACCCUGUCCGAACCGCUUUUUGGACUAUAACAAUACGAAGCUCAACCUGGUGCAGAGUCUGUGCGAGCCGCCGACGGCUCACCACAGCAGCCUGUCGAAGAACGCCCUCAAGCUGCUGCACUCGGGCCACCUGGCGGACAUGGAGUUCGUGGUGGUGGUGUCGCCGACCGAUUGCCAGAACGAGAACGUCGUGUCGGCGUUCGACUUUAGUCCGGACGAUGCGGCGCUGCUGUUUGGCGGAACUGGAACCGGCGGGGCUGGAACGCCCCAGGCCAAGAACCAGUCGUCGCACACGUUCAAGGCGCAUCGGGUGAUCGUGGCGGCGCGGUGCGAGUGGUUCAAGAAGGCACUGCUGUCCGGCAUGCAGGAGGAUAUCAAUAGGAAAAUUGUCAUCCACGACACCUCGCCGGUGAUAUUCCGAAGACUCCUACUGUACCUGUACGGAGCGCCGGUGGACAAGUCCGUGGGGGUGGACCAGCUGUGCGAGCUGAUGCUGCUGGCGGAUCGGUACUCGGUGGACAACCUGAAGGACAUCUGCGAGAACACGCUGAUGGCGUCGAUCGACGGGGACUCGGUCAUCUAUCUGUUGGGUAUUGCCGACCGGUUCAAUGCGGCCACGCUUAAGGCGAGUUGUUUGUCGUAUCUGUCGCAGCACACGGAACUGACCCGGUUGGAGAUAUUUGGCGAGCUGCCGGGGUAUUUGCAGAGCGAAGUCCAGGACCUGAUCAAGUGGUGCGGUCGCGUGCCGGAACCGUGGUGCGAACAGGGUGCCCGCUCGGAUCGAUCCCGACGCAGCCUCAAGAGCCCUUCGCGCACCAAGUCGUCGUCACGCUCGCGGAAAACCUCGCCCUCCUUCAUGUGACAAUGAUGUGGUCCCGGGACUGCUGCUGCUGCUGCUGCACUAUAAUGACUGCGUAAAAAGAAAAUGCUGUGAUGUCACUCGUGUGACACGUGAAACUAACAAAACAUGAAGAAGGCACAAAUGCCAGGAUCUUACUAUCAAUUUAAUGGGAUAAAACGAUAAAAAGUUAAGUUACGUACAUUAAAUAAGCAAAAUUAAACAAACAUACUGUAGAUAGAGAAUGAAAUUUUGAAUUGAUAAAUACAUAGCGAGUCGUAAUACCUGUAACAUACUGCAAAAAAUAAACAGAAUGGAAUAAAAAACAAGCAAGAACUGAAACAAUAGUAGAAAAAAGCAUACAAAAAAAAAUAAGUCAAACAAACAUUUAAGUCUUUCGCAUUCAUAAAAAAGUAAACAAACACAUUAUAAAAGUCAUGUUAUAGCCUUGAUCGAAACAAGUCGUGUAGUAGAAAUUUAAUCAAGCCCCGUCUAAAACACACGUUAAAUUGUUUGUUCCGUUUUCGAGAUUUCUACCUUUGUGUUGUGAACAAAAGUUAAAAAACAAACUUCAAAUGUUUCUCUUUCAAUUUCUGAAUGUCACUUUUUACUUAAUCCCUUUCAUGAAACAAAACUCUCAUCAGUCAAAAAGUGUGUCUUACGUGAACGGUCAGCUCUCUGUAAACUCUCGUUAACUCACUCGGUUCGGCAACGAAAUUGGUGCGAAAUUGUGCGUGUGUUUAGUUGAGCAGUAGAGUUUUCCACACCGAAAGUAAGAAACGAAAUGUGCUGAGCGGGGAGAAAAGAGAGAAUGCGAAAACACGAAUCGGAAAUCGCGGAAAAUCUGUUUUAUUCCAAAUAUUUUAGAUGUUGAACAAAAUAUAACUCGAUUCUUCUGAAGCAUCAACGGGA